GUGCAGAUGACAUCACAAUGACAAGACAAGGUCAUGCUGCCAUGCUGCUGCUAGGUGUUGGCAGGAUAGGACUUUGUUCACAUCAUAAACAUCCAGCUUGCCUGAUAAGUUAACCUCAACAUUCAUUUUGUACCUAAUUUAUAUUUGCAGUUCUGUGCUUCUUUCUUUAUCACGUUCAUGAUUUUGCAUGAUCUAUGAUGCCCUUCCAUUCAUGUAUUGGGCAGAGGCCGCAUGUGCUGCGAAAAGAGCACCCUGUUAUACUCCAUGCUUAAUAUGAGAUAAUCAUUCAUUUUGUUAUCUUACCAUUUUGAAAUCUUGUACUUCUCUGCCUACCUUUCCUUCCAUGUACACCAACUGUGAUGACCGAUGUGCUAGACAAAAUGUAGAAUGUCCCUUCCAUAGGCAGUGUAGUGAUAGGAAGAACUAUAUAAAAGGGGUGAUAUCCUUUCAAGGUUGGAAUGCCAUCUCACUCUUCUCCCUAAAAAUAGACGGCACAGUCUCAAUUCCUUUUUCUUCAUCAUAUACAUUGAAUAAUGUCCAACAGCCAGCCAGCACAAGAGGAUGAUUGCAUGUCGAGCAUUCUGGUUUCUCGCCUUAUCCGGGCUAUGCAGCCAACAAGGAGUUACCUUCGAUGGUCUGAUGAUCUCCAUAAGAUGUUUGUGGAGGCUGUGGCCUACCAUGGAGGUCCCUAUGAAGCUAAACCAACUGCAGUGAAGGAGACAAUGCAAGCUAUGGGUGUCACAAGCCUUACGACCCACAACAUCAAGAGUCACCUCCAGAAGUACAGGGAGAGUUUCAGUUCAGGUGUUGGGUCUCUUCAUGAUCAUGAUCUGCUGAGAACCACUUCUCCAAGCAAGGAAGCACUUGAUCUGGCAUCUGAGAUGGUUAGGGACAACGAUGCCGCUAUGGCUGAAAUCGAGAUGUUGAACGAUUUGCUGUUGGAUCACGAUAUAGAGAUGGUAGAGACCAGUUUCUCUGUGGACGAUUUGCAGAUGAUGGAGAGGGAGCUGAUGAGUGAAAUCAAGCUGAUCGAGCACAACUUCGAGAUAUCUGAGAGUGCUCUUGAUGAGUACAUGGAUGACUUGGCCAACUACGCAUUUGACCUUACGGGUCCUGCAAACUCUUCUAGUCCAUGACGAAAGAAAACGCAAUGAAACAAGCUUAUUUUCUGCAGAAAUCAAGAAAAUCUUCCACGUUCUGUCUCUCACUGUGUAAUUGGGAUUCUAAUACCCGUGAUUUGCUUCUUGUCCAAAUGGUCAUCAAAAUGCGAUUGAUCAUUUAUAUAUAUAUAUAUGUAAUCGUGUAUGUUUAGCCUCGUGUGCUUACAUGUA